CACGGGUUUUGGGACUGAUUUCAAUUCGAAUAAAGCAGAGGAAGCGAAAGAGAUAAGCCGUUUUGGAGAUAUUCGCGGCAGAUUCCAAAAUGAACUCGGCGCUUGCAACAACCACCGCCAAAACUCCCGUGCUCCGCCGUAAAACGCCGCUUCGUCAUUACUCUCUCACGAAAUCGCCGGUUUUCCCGUUGAACGUAGUUGGAAUCGGAUCCGGCGUACAAUUAGUGAGCAAGAAGACAUUGUUGAGGAUCUCGGCGAGCUCUCAGAGCAGUUCACCGGCAGUCAGUGUCGCGGCGGAUGCGUCGAUUCCGAGCGAGAUGAAGGCCUGGGUGUACGGUGAGUACGGCGGAGUGGAUGUUCUGAAGCUGGAGAGCAAUAUUGCGGUCCCGGAGAUUAAAGACGAUCAGGUUCUGAUUAAGGUUGUUGCGGCGGCUCUUAAUCCCGUCGACGCCAAAAGACGGCAAGGGAAAUUCAAAGCCACCGAUUCGCCUCUCCCGACGGUUCCGGGAUACGACGUAGCCGGAGUAGUGGUGAAGGUGGGAAGUGGGGUUAGGGAUUUCAAAGAAGGGGACGAAGUUUACGCAAACGUGAGCGAGAAAGCGUUGGAAGGGCCAAAGCAAUUCGGUUCUCUGGCUGAGUACACGGCGGUGGAAGAGAAGCUAUUAGCCAUGAAACCUAAAAACAUCGAUUUCGCUCAAGCCGCUGGGCUUCCUCUAGCUAUAGAAACUGCCGACGAAGGUCUUGUUAGGACGGAAUUCUCCGCCGGAAAAUCAAUUCUGGUUCUCAACGGCGCCGGAGGAGUAGGGAGCCUUGUGAUUCAGCUUGCGAAACAAGUGUAUGGAGCUUCAAAGGUGGCUGCAACAGCGAGCACAGGGAAGCUGGAGCUAGUGAGAAGCUUAGGUGCUGAUUUAGCCAUUGAUUACACAAAGGAGAACAUAGAAGACUUGCUUGAGAAAUUUGACGUCGUAUUUGACGCCAUUGGGAUGUGUGAUAAGGCAGUGAAGGUGAUUAAGGAAGGAGGGAAAGUAGUGGCCUUGACUGGAGCUGUCACGCCUCCUGGAUUCAGAUUCGUUGUGACAUCUAAUGGUGAGGUUUUGAAGAAACUGAAUCCAUACAUUGAGAGUGGGAAAGUGAAGCCUGUGGUUGACACCAAAGGACCAUUCCCGUUCUCACGGGUCGCUGAUGCUUUCUCAUACCUAGAAACGAACCAUGCCACGGGGAAGGUCGUUGUAUAUCCCAUCCCUUGAGGGGCUUGACUUGAGUGUAGCCUAUCUAUCUGUAUAAGCUAAGCAAGGGUUUGAAAGUGUAUCUUCUCUUUGUAGAGUGUUUUGAGUUGUAAACUGUAAUGAAGAUGGAUACUAAAAUGCUCUUUAAAGCUUAUUCGUAUCAUUUGAAACAGAAAAAA